AGAGUUUGGUCAAUGGCGGCAAUUUCCACUCUCUUCCUCUUCUUCAUCAUCUUCCUCGUCUCUCUUCUCAUCAUCUUAGCUUUGAUCGUUCGCCCAAGAUCCGUCAAGAUCCCUAUCAAAUCUCGCCAUGUCUUCAUCACCGGUGGAUCAAGCGGCAUCGGUCUCGCUCUCGCUCACCGCGCCGUCGCCGAGGGAGCUCGAGUCUCUAUCCUCGCCCGCUCAACCGAAAAGCUCGACGAGGCCAGACGAUCCAUCCAGCUAGCCACCUGCGUCGGGGUCGCCACAUUCUCUGCCGACGUUCGCGAUUUCGACGCCGUUUCCAAGGCGGUUGAUGAAUCGGGGCCGAUCGAUGUGUUAAUUGUUAACCAAGGUGUGUUUAUUGGUAAGGAGCUUGAGAAACAGAGUCACGAGGAGGUUAAGUUCAUGAUUGAUGUCAAUCUGGUUGGGAGCUUCAAUGUGAUUAUGGCGGCUUUGCCUGCCAUGAAAGCUAGGGAAGGUCGUGGUCCUGCUUCCAUUUCUCUCGUUUCCUCUCAAGCCGGCCAGGCAGGUAUCUACGGUUACACUGCAUAUUCAGCGAGCAAGUUUGGGCUACAGGGUUUAGCGCAAGCAUUGCAGCAAGAAGUUAUUUCUGAUGACAUUCAUGUGACUCUCUUGUUUCCUCCUGACACAGAUACACCCGGGUAUGAAGAGGAACAGAAGAAGAGACCGGAGCUUACUUCCAUCAUAGCGGCAUCUUCUGGUUCAAUGAAAACAAAGGAAGUGGCAAAGAUAUGUCUUGAUGGUAUCAAAGCAGGCAAAUUCACAGUGACAUGCCAUUAUAUUGGCUUCUUACUAUCUAUUGCAAGCGCCGGCAUGUCCCCUCAGGGAUCGUUUUGGGUUGCGUUCAUUGAAGUUAUGUUCGGUGGUCUAACUAGACUCGUUAGCUUGGUUGUCCAAUCGCAAUGGUACAAAACCAUAGAAAAGUGGAGCACAACAAAAAAAGGAAUAAGGAGUUAGCUUAGAGCCAUGAAAAAUGUAAAUGAGUCAGACUUUUGUACAGUGAACAGGUUCAUGUUUUGUAGUUACUAGUUCCACUUUGACUUCUGUGUUUGCAAUUGAAAACCAACAUUAACUCUAAUUGAAUAACCAACGUUGACUAAAAAUA